GUUUGGUUGUACUUUGAAGGCGGAGUUCAGUCGAAUAAACUCCUCAGUCUUCUUCUCUCUGAGUAACCGGUGCAGUCACUUCUCUAUUUCACAGGAAAUAAAGCUUGUUUUAUAUUUCAUCGCGGAAGAAGAUUUAUUCCUCGUUUUAAAAGUAUCAAGCGGAGUGAUACACUUUCACAGUUUCACCUGCGGGAGGAAAACAAAGUCACCUCGUGAUAGGUGCUGCAGAGUUGAAAAUGAAGUACCUCUCACUGUUGUGCCUGUGUGCACUCGCGUUGACCGUCGUAGGCCAUAAGGGCGUUCAGCCCCAGGCUCUGACUUACGCAGAACGUGGCUCUGAUUUGGGCAUUCGGGUUUUCCAGCAAGUAGUCAGUACCAAACCCCUGGAGAAUGUGGUGCUCUCCCCCCACGGUGUCGCCUCCAUCCUGGGGAUGUUGCUGCCUGGAGCCCACGGAGAGACGAAGAAGCAGAUCCUGAGCGGUCUGCGAUACAAGAAGAACGGCCCGUACAGGAUGUUGAAGAAGCUUCACAAGACGUUGAUAGCAAAGUCCAACCAGGACGUCGUGCUGAUAGCCAACGCCUUGUUCAGACAGCAGGGCUUCAGCAUGGAAGAGGCCUUCCUGUCCUCCAACAAAGCAAACUUCCAGUGUGAGAGCAGAGCGCUGAACUUCAGCAGCCCCGACGCAGCUGCAGAGGAAAUCAACCAGUGGGUCAGCAAUAAGACCAAAGGUCACAUCCCCAGCCUGAUCAAAGCAGACAUGUUGGACCCGGCUCUCACUCGACUCGUGGCUGUCAACGCGAUCUACUUCAAAGGUCUGUGGAAGUCCCGCUUCCAGCCGGAGAACACCAAGAUGAGGCCCUUCACCGGGGGGGACGGCAACAUUUACAAAGUCCCCAUGAUGUCCCAGCUCUCCGUCUUCAGUAUCGGUUUGGCCAGCACCCCUCAGGGUCUGAAGUACAGAGUGAUCGACCUCCCGUACCACGGGAACACGAUGAGCAUGAUGAUGGUGAUGCCCUCAGAGGAGGAGACCCCUCUCUCCAGAGUCCUUCCUCACAUCAGCACCGCCACCGUCAAGAGCUGGAGCAAACUCAUGCACAUGAAGAAGAUCCGCCUGUUCAUCCCCAGGUUCACAGCUGAUGCAGAGGUGGAUCUGGAAGCCCCCCUCUCUGCUCUGGGAAUAACAGACCUGUUCAGACAGGACAAAGCUGACUUCAGACACCUCAGUGCGGAGGCGGUGCAUAUCUCCAAGGCGCUGCAGAAAGCCAAAGUGAUCGUGAAUGAAGACGGAACAAAAGCAGCAGCUGCCACUACUGCCAUUUUGAUGGCUCGGUCCUCUCCACCCUGGGUCACAAUGGACAGACCUUUCUUCCUCAUCAGACACAACCCAACAGGUACCAUUCUCUUUAUGGGCCAGAUCAACAAGCCUUGAACCAGCGUCAUCGUCGUCAUGGGGAAACGCCUUACACACACACACACACAACACACACACACACACACACACACACACACACUCACACUUUGCUGUAGACUUAUGUACAGUGUGGACAUGUGAUGUUUAUUUGUUUUUUA